AUCAGCGAUCGGUAUUUCAGCACAUGGCUGCGUAGGUCGACUGGUCGUGGUUGGGCUCCUGUGUGAGCUAAAACAAGUCUUGAUAAAAGUCAUAAUGAUGAAUGUCGACGUUACGCAGUUGCCUUCAGAGAUUUUAUUUCGCGUUUAGUGACUCAAAACGCCCAAAAGCAACAAUAUUACACUAAGUAGCUUCCCAAAGGAAUAGGUGGCCAUAUCAGCUGUCAGUCAUGUCCAUGUUCAGCACAGGUGUCCUCGUCCUUACGUCACCACUACACGUCCUUCCUCUCCGCAUAGCACCCGUCCUCACCUCGGCCGCCCAGGUGGUUGAGCGCACUCUUUACGUUCAUCUCCACCCCGGGCUCAACCUGAGCACAGGUGGGCAGGUGCGGCCCGUCUACAUCCCGCCCGUGGUAGAUCUCUGCUCUCUUAUAUCUCGCCUUUACAGUAAUGCAGCCGACAUCUGUGGUCACCUGGACGUCAGGGUGCUGCUCACGAACAUCCGUGCCCAAUCGGGAAUGUCUUCGGCUGCUUCGAAUGGACCUUUUCCCACCCCGCAAACACUCUCCCAUUCACCAGAGGUCGUGUUGACUGACUUCCCCAUCCAAGACCCCGGCCAGUCCUCGCCGGUCACCCAGUGCCUGAAGAGGUACGCCGGUCAUUGCUACGUCUGCACGCCAGGUCUCUCUUCUGUCCUUCUACAACCAACACUAGAAGUUACAAGUGAGGAAGAUGAUGACAGAGGAGGAAGAAAGGAAACACAGUUACAGUCAUUUACAGAUGUGGUGGUGGGCGGUACUUUUGAUCGACUACACGGUGCCCACAAGACCCUGCUGAAUAUUUCUUGUUUGCUGGCCAAUAGACGCUUUGUCAUUGGUGUAUGUGACCAAGAAUUAUUAAAAAAUAAAGUCUUGAAAGAACUGAUCGAGCCGUACGAUCAUCGAGUACACAGACUGCGGGAGUUUCUCAACGACGUCAAACCGUCUUUGAAAUAUGAAAUCUUUCCUCUCUCCGACCCCUUCGGCCCCUCCAUAAGUGACCCGGAGCUUCAGUGCAUUGUGGUCAGCGAGGAGACGAGAAGAGGAGGUGAAGCUGUCAACAGGAAGCGUGUGGAAAAUAGUUUGGCAGAGCUUGUUUUGUACGAGAUACAGUUACUAAAAGACGCCCAUCAUGCUGACAUCGAGGAGGAGAAGAUAAGUUCUUCCAGCCUGAGAACAAGAUUACUAGGCACACUGCUUAAACCUCCAUCUCCUCGACCCGAUCUCUCUCCAGACCCGUAUGUUAUCGGUCUUACAGGGGGCAGUGGGUCGGGGAAAAGUUCAAUAGCGCUCAGACUGGAGGGUCUCGGUGCCGCGCGGAUCGACUGCGAUCAGCUUGGUCAUGAGGCUUAUCUGCCCGGCACAUCUGCCUACCAUAAGGUCCUGCAGGAGUUCGGCUCAGAUAUCCUUAAUGAGGAUAAGACCAUUAACAGACGAAUACUUGGCGGAAAAGUUUUUGGUAACCAGGAACGUCUGAAAGCGCUGACAGAUAUAGUGUGGCCAGAGAUCGCACUGCUGGUAAAGAAAGAAAUCCUACUGGCUAAAGAACAAGGUAAGCAGGUUUGUGUGGUGGAUGCAGCUGUGUUACUUGAAGCAGGAUGGACACAUUUGGUUCAUGAGGUUUGGGUGGCUACCGUCCCAGAAGAAGAGGCGGUGAAGCGUAUAGUCCAGCGUGAUGGUGUGAAGGAAGAGGAUGCCGUGAGAAGAUUGAAAAGUCAAUGGCCCAAUGCAAAGCUGGUUGAACGUGCUAAUGUAGUUCUGUGUACACUAUGGGAACCUGAUGUCACCCAGAGACAGAUAUUGAAAGCCUGGAAUCUUUUACAGCAGAGGAUUCAGCGGACAAAAGAGGAGCGCAUAUCUACAGAAAACAUUAAUUCAUAAACACUGCACUCAACAUAGCAGAGAUCCAGAAGAAAAGCAUGACUAGAAAUUCUUUUUUAAUACAUGAUGAUGAGGUUUCUUUGUUAAUUUGGGAAUUUGAGGAAAAUCACAUUGUGGUUGCUUUUUAAAAUCAUUUAUAAAGUAUUCGGUACACAUCUUUAUCUCCAUAAGUAAAUGAUCAAGUGUUUGUUAAAAAAA